CUUUAAGCCCCGGUCAGUGGCAGUGCGCCGUUAGCCGCGGGACUACAGCGGGUAGGAUACCGGCGGGCCGGGGGAAAGUACACGCUCCACACUCAUACCUUGAAAAUGGGAAGCGUUUGCUGUUAAUGGGGAUAAACCACAUUCAACUGGAGUUCUAAAAAUGAUAGAAACAAUGGAUACACAGCGUGCCUUGCAGGCGGUGGAGCGUCUCCAGGCCAAACUGAAGGAGCGGGGGGAGGUGCCCACUGAGGAGAAGCUCAGCCUUCUCAAAUCGGUGCUCCAGAGCCCCCUCUUCCACCAGAUCCUGGCCUUGCAGAAGUCUGUCCAGCAUCUCAAAGACCAGGAGAGUGUCCCAGUGUCGAGUGGGAGUGACCUCAGCGAUCACGCAGCAGCAGUCAAACCCAAUGGCGGCCACGUUCCCUACUCUGACACAUCAGAUUCUACACUCAUCAAUGGCAAGGCAUCGUGUGACGAAUUUGAACACCUUGUUAACUCCAUGGCACAGGGGCGCUGCGUGACACACGUGGACCUACAAAAGCCAGAGUCAGGAGGUCUUGGCUUCAGCGUGGUAGGCCUGAAGAGCGAAAACCGAGGAGAGCUCGGCAUCUUCAUCCAGGAAAUUCAACCAGGAAGUGUGGCUCACUGUGAUGGGAAGCUCAAAGAAGCUGACCAGAUCCUAGCCAUCAAUGGCCAGCUCCUGGACCAGAGAGUGACCCACCAGCAGGCUAUAGGAAUCCUGCAGUGUGCGUCAGAGAGGGUGCAGCUCACUGUGGCUAGAGGACCAAUACCUCAGCUGACCAGUCCUGCGGUGUCCCGCACGCCCUCAGCUGCCAGUACACUGUCAGCCAGCUCCAGCGCGUGGCAGCAUGUGGAAACGAUUGAGCUGGUCAACGAUGGCACCGGACUUGGCUUCGGUAUUGUGGGAGGAAAGACCACUGGAGUUAUUGUCAAAACCAUCCUCCCCGGAGGCAUAGCUGAUCAGGACGGCCGUCUGCGGAGUGGGGACCACAUCCUGAGAAUCGGAGACACUGAUCUGUACGGCAUGGGCAGCGAACAGGUGGCCCAGGUCCUGAGGCAGUGUGGCAACAGGGUGAAGCUGGUGGUUACAAGGGGUCCUGUGGACGAGAAUCCCUCUCUCUCUGCUGUCAUGCCUGUGGUGCUCCCCACUGUCAACGAACAGGGCUAUGAGGAAGAGGAGGAUGAAGCAUUUGAUGUGAGCCUUAUUAAAAACACCCAGGGACUGGGGAUCACUAUUGCUGGCUAUGUUGGAGAUAAAAAUGCAGAGCCCUCUGGCAUUUUUGUUAAGAGCAUAACAAAAGACAGUGCCGUAGAUCAAGAUGGCCGUAUUCAUGUUGGAGACCAGAUAAUAGCUGUCGAUUGCGUAAACAUCCAGGGAUACACCAAUCAACAGGCGGUGGAGGUGCUCAGACACACAGGCCAGACAGUCCACCUUAAGCUGAUCCGGCGGGGCUUCAGGCCUGAGGAGAUCCCCCCUAAUGUGGACCCUGUUGUCAUCGUCCCGUCCCCUUCCAGCAGCAUCCCCACCACCACAGUCGUCAUGAUGGAGCUGGAGCCGCAGAGGAAGAAGGCAGAGGAAGCUGCUCAAGUCACCACAGAUGAAAAGAGUGAAGGAUCUGAUGUCAGCCCAGCCGCGGAUCAGCUUACAGAAGACAAAGAUGGGAUGGAACUAACACCCUUUGAAGAGGAAGAUCUAAUGAAGAAGUGGCAAGACAUUCUGGGUCCAAGUAAUGAAGUUGUAGUGGCUCAGGUGGAGAAGUAUAGUGAGAGCAGUGGACUGGGCAUAAGUCUCGAAGCCAACAGUGGGCAUCAUUACAUCCGCUCUGUUCUGCCUGAGGGACCUGUUGGUCGCUGUGGCAAGCUGUUCAGUGGAGAUGAACUGCUGGAGGUCAAUGGCUUACCCCUGAUUGGUGAAACCCACAAGGAAGUAGUCAGAAUCUUGAAGGAGCUUCCACUUUGCGUAAACAUGACAUGCUGUCGGCCCGCCCCUCACCUGCAGUCUGACGUGGAAGCUGUCCAACCAGAAUCAACAUCAGAGUUAAAGAAACAAAUAGACCCGAGCAGCGCACUGGUUGCUGAAGACUCAGAGGAGAAUGUAGCGGCAGCGACACAGGAUAAUGUGACAGAGGAGGCGAUAGGAUCUCCUUUGGCUAUGUGGGAAUUGGAGCUCCAGAACAUCGAGCUUGAAAAGGGAGAAGGGGGAUUGGGAUUCAGCAUUCUGGACUACCAGGACCCACUGGACCCCGCCAAGACGGUGAUCGUGAUUCGCUCUCUGGUGCCCAGCGGCGUGGCCGAACAGGAUGGCAGACUGUUGCCAGGAGACCGACUCAUGUAUGUUAACGCCACCAACCUAGAGAACGCCAGCUUGGAGGACGCUGUCCAGGCCCUGAAGGGAGCCAACCUCGGCACAGUCCAGAUAGGAGUUGCCAAACCCCUGCCUAUUGACACCAGCGACGCGGACCUGUCAGAUGAAAAGGUGUUAGAUCUUACUUACUCUGGGAUAGAGGACGACACUUUUCAGGCAUCCAUGAUUGCUCUUCAUGGAAGCCGCUGUAGUGCAGACCUGGAUUACCUGCACUCAUCCACGCCCAAGCUGACAGCUCGCCUGGACUUGUUGGAUGAGCAUCCCUGCUUUGCGACGCCGUCCGGCCUCGCGGACGACACACAAGCGUUCUCCCCGGAGAGGCCGGCCUCUCUCACUCCUCCGCGUUUGAGAGGUCGUAACCCGACUUUUAAGGCCAUAUUAAGCAGUUCGGAUCAGUUUCUGGCACAGCACUCAACACAAGAAGAACCAGCGGAGAGCUCAAAGUCCUCCAGUCCAUUGGCUGAAAUAGGGACGAGGUCAGCUGUCUCAGAUGAACCUGUGGAGUACGUUCACGAUCAGAAGGAGCCACCCAUGUCUUUUGAAGAUAUUGGAGAUAUGAAGAUCUUGAAGGGCAAGGAGGGUGGUGUGAAAGAAUCAGCAGAAGCCGGUGACAAAGAAGUACUGACCUCGGGGAGCAAUUUUGAAAGGACUAUCACAGUUGUCAAGGGCAACUCCAGCCUAGGAAUGACCGUGAGCGCCAUGAAAGAUGGUUUGGGAAUGCUGAUCCGCAGUAUCAUCCACGGUGGAUCCAUCAGCCGUGAUGGACGUCUGGGUGUCGGUGAUCUCAUCCUGGCCAUCAACGGAGAGCCCACGGCCAACAUGACCAAUGCUCAGGCUCGCUCCAUGCUCAGACGCCACUCUCUCAUUGGACCAGACCUGGGAUCUGCUUGUGCACCUGAGGACGAUCUGUGCCCAUUUUAUGUUAUUACAUAUGUUCCAGCAGAGUAUCUGGAGGAGUACAAGGCCAGCCUAGAGCAGGCGAAAGAUGAUGUCUUCUGUGAAACGCCUCCAGUCCCAGUAGCAGAUCCAAAAGAUAUUCCAAGCCUCCCUGAACGGGAAGACGGCGAGGGAGAAGAGAGUGCCGCUUAUAGCAACUGGAACCAACCUAGGAAAGUGGAGCUCUUCCGAGCGGCAGGCAAGUCCUUGGGUAUCAGUAUCGUCGGGGGCCGAGGGAUGGGCAGCCGGCUGAACAACGGAGAGGUGAUGAGGGGCAUCUUCAUCAAGCACAUCCUGGAGGACAGUCCUGCUGGACAGAACGGGACCCUGAAGACCGGAGACAGAAUCGUAGAGGUGGAUGGAGCAGAUCUCAGAGAUGCUAGUCACGAGGAGGCAGUGGAGGCCAUACGCAGGGCGGGCAACCCUGUGUCCUUCUUGGUCCAGAGUAUUAUCCACAGGCCCAGGUCAUCGGUAACGGACUCCGGUGAGGAGAGAGCUGCAGCUACGACGAGGGACAACAAGGACAAGCCUGUGAAGCGUGAAGCGGCGAAGGCAUCUCCCACCAGCCCUGUCCUCCCCCUGCCAGUGGUGCCCCAUGUGGGAGAGACUGAUACAGACACGCUGACCGAGAUUCCUGGCAGACCUGCUGAGGCAGAGGAGGAGAAUGAGGAGGAGGAGGUGGAGGAUGAGUUUGCAUACAAUUGGAAGAACAUAAUCCAGCGCUAUGGCAGCCUCGCGGGUGUCCUGCACAUGAUUGAGCUGGAGAAAGGCAAGACAGGCCUGGGCCUCAGCCUGGCGGGGAACAGGGACCGCUCUCGCAUGAGCGUGUUCGUGGUUGGAAUAGACCCCAACGGGGCGGCCGGCAGGGACGGACGUAUGGAAGUGGGGGAUGAGCUGCUGGAGAUCAAUGGGCAAGUCCUGUAUGGCCACAGUCACCAGAAUGCAUCCUCCAUAAUCAAGAGCUCUCCAUCCCAAGUCAAAAUCAUCUUUGUCAGGAACACGGAGGCGCUGAACCAGAUGGCCGUGGGACCCGUGAGAGAACACGAGGGAGACACAGUGGAGCCCCACACUGAGCUAGAAACGACUGCUGCCAAUGGGGAUGCCGAUACUUCAAAAUAUGUGCAUCACGGCAUAAAGCUGAAGGAAGACGGAGGAAUUGGCAUCACAUUUGUGCAGGGAAACACUGACAGUGGAGUUGAGAUUCAGAGUAUAUCUGAAGUGAAAGGACACGCAGGCAAUGAGGGCAUAACAGCAGGGGACAGUCUCGUCGCUGUGAAUGGUGAAUCAGUGCUCGGCUACACUGAGGAAAAGGCAACCUGCCAGGACGGGGAUAGCUCGGCUGACGUCUUUGCCAGCCUACCCAGCAUGCCUAGUGCCACCACGAGUUCCCCGAGUCAACCACAGGCAGAAGUAGUCACGAGUCAGAGUCGCUCUUCCACCCCUUCCACUCUGGCCAGUGACCCGGCAACCUGUCCCAUCAUCCCCGGCUGUGAGACCACCAUUGACAUCUCCAAGGGCUGCACAGGCCUGGGCCUCAGCAUUGUGGGAGGCUGUGACACCCUGCUGGGGGCCAUCAUUAUCCAUGAAGUUUAUGAAGAGGGAGCAGCCUCAAAAGAUGGCAGGCUGUGGGCCGGAGACCAAAUCCUGGAGGUGAACGGCAUCGACCUGCGUGCAGCCAGUCACGAUGAAGCCAUCAACGUGCUGCGGCAGACCCCACAGAGAGUCCGGCUGGUGGUCUACAGGGACGAGGCCCAGUACAAGGAGGAAGACCUGUGGGACUCGUUCACUGUGGAGCUCCACAAGAAGCCUGGCCAGGGCUUGGGCCUGAGCAUUGUAGGAAGGAGGAAUGACACCGGCGUGUUUGUGUCCGACAUUGUGAAAGGAGGUUUGGUGGACACCGACGGCCGCCUGAUGCAGGGCGACCAGAUCCUGUCCGUCAAUGGUGAGGAUGUCAGGUCGACCACUCAGGAGGCCGUGGCUGCACUACUCAAGUGCUGUGUGGGGCCUAUCAACAUGGAUGUCGGGAGGUUUAAGGCAGGCCCCUUCCACUCAGAAAGAAGGCUGUCUCAAAGCAGUCAGAUGAGCGAAACAGGCUGCACCAAGGUGGCCUCUCUGUCAUGUUCCGACUCUGGGAACCGUCCCGGGGACCAUAACAAACUAAGUCCGGAUUCUCCCGAGCAUCAGGACACCAGAACAGUUGAGUUCAUUAAAGGUCCCAGCGAUUCUCUGGGUAUCAGCAUAGCGGGGGGCGUGGGCAGCCCCCUGGGUGAUAUCCCCAUCUUCAUCGCCAUGAUGAAUCCCGUCGGCCUGGCUGCUCAGACACAGAAGCUCAAGAUUGGCGACCGCAUCGUCAGUAUCUGUGGAACCUCUGCUGAAGGCAUGACCCACUCACAGGCUGUCACUCUGCUCAAGAACGCCACGGGCACAAUACAGCUGCAGGUGGUAGCGGGCGGUGACACCACCGUGACGGGUCCCUCUCAGGAGCAGGCAGCUGGAGGUCUCACGCCCAGCUGCAUCUUCCAGGAUGACCUCGGCCCACCUCAGUACAAGACCAUCAAUCUCGAAAGAGGACCAGACGGACUGGGUUUCAGUAUAGUCGGAGGGUACGGCAGCCCCCAUGGAGACUUGCCCAUCUAUGUUAAAACUGUUUUUGGAAAGGGGGCAGCAGCGGAGGACGGCCGACUGAAGCGAGGAGACCAGAUAAUGGCCGUUAACGGGCAAACUCUGGAGGGCGUCACUCAUGAAGAAGCCGUUGGCAUCCUGAAAAGGACCAAAGGAACUGUCACGCUAACUGUGCUGUCAUAGACACACAUAUGUAAUAACCCACGAAGAAACACACACACACACACACACACACACACACAGUCUUCACAACUGUUCUUACGCUUCCUAUUAAAUCCAAUGUUAAUCCACAUCAAUAGAGACUGAAACUUUGAAAUAGCGAGACUCCUCGCGGGUGUGAUGUCAUGUAGCAGGAGGAGGACUCAAACCAGCAAAUAUUUCACGACUGGAAGGUUCUGUGGAAAUAUGCACACUGAAAUAGGGACAACUUUUUCUGAUAAUCAUGAAGGAGCUUUAUGUAGCUUUGAAAACUGUGAUCCACGUAAGCAUACAGCAAGUACACUUAUAUAUGUCUCAUUAUAAAAUUGCUUUCAUCGCUGAAACAGUCACCUAAAAUAGUAUGUAAAGUAGAUACAUAAAUAGUUUGCCAGCCAGUGUUUUAAUUAGUUGUAUAAAUCUCAAAGAGGUUGUAAAUACUAUUUGAAUGAUAGCCCAACUCAGUUACAUUCCGUGGCUCUGGAUUGAAGUAUUCACUGAACGUACUCAAGUAUUUUGCUGUUUCCUGUAUAGAAAUUAAUAGCUUGUGAGAUUGUUGUUUUACAACAGAGAGCAACAUCUGCAUGUUUCUACAGAGAGGAGGCUCAAGGUUUUUAUCGGGGUAAAAUCUAAAUUAAGAGCAUGAAAAAGCAUGAAAACGCCCAUGAGGUAAUUAACAGAUAAGCAUAAUUUGGCCAAUGGCUGUGCUAGCUGAUGACAGCAUUAUUUGUCUUUUACAUUGCACUGCUGUUGGCAAUUUAUCGUGCCGAUUUUCCUGAAAUGCUGAUGCUGCUGUAACUGGUGUUAAUCAACUUGUUUAAAAAGAAAGUGGCCAAUAAAGCAUUUUUAAGUGCUAAUGGCUAGAAGUCUGAUAUUGUAAAUACACAGAAAGAUGUGAAAUCCUUAAAACUAAGAAGCGUGGUUUGACAAGAUGAGGAAUUGUGCGUGUAUGUAUGACCUACUCACUGAAAUAUAGUGCUGCUAAAGCCGAUAUAUAAGGUAUUAUCUCAGUAUUUAGAUUUUUUUUUUUUAAGUAUUCAUUAAUGUUCCCUUCAUGAAAGUGGAAAGUGCAGAAAAUGACCUGCUAUCUAGAUUUGAGUGGAUGUGUUUCAUUUGUCAAAUGAUUAUAUAAUGGACCAGAGCUCAUUUUGACGUUAUUGUUUACCCAAAACAAAGUCAUCUAGUGUGUAGUCCCUGAAGUCAGUAGGCUUGUGUUUUGUGGUCUAGUUUAUGAGAAAGUUGUCUGUUCUCUGUCUUAUCACCUUAUUGUAUGUGUCUCUAGCACUGUCAAUGUGACAGUAUUGAAUUUAUUCACACUGAAUUAAAUAAAAGUGACCUUUGGAUUCAA